UGUUGACAUAUAAAGAGUUGCAGUCUAGCUCUUGGUGGAAUAACUUUCAUAUUCGUGUUUGAUGCUUUCGGAGUAUUUUUGUGCACGUUACUCUACCAUAAGAUGUAGUAUCUUGGAUGCUUGAAGUCUCAAUUUGCUGAAAAUAUUUCUUGAUGUGCCAAAGAAUGUUACAAUAAUAUGUGGUAUUUUUGUGCGCCCUGCCACCCUCCGCCGUUGGUCCAGGCCUGUAUGGAGGGAGCUGCCAGGCUUUACAUUCCAUCAUAUCUUCAUCAUGAAUUUCAACGUCAGUGUAUUUUCAACUGAUCCCCACCGUGAACUGUAAUGAAGUAUAAUGUGUUGUGUAGCGAAAUUUUUAUUCAUAUCUCGUGUUUGAGUUAAGAAAAUUUUGUAAUAAACAUUUCUUAGAGCUGUAAUAGGCCUCUUAGAUGCUCAGUGGCGUCAGACUCCCGGUAGCUUCGGUUAUUUCUUAAGAUUUAAGCAAUGUCAGCUACACGUUAUGAACGAACGCUGGAAUGUGUAUCCAUGGUGAACUAAACAUCUGCGUCAGAGAUGUGAAAACAUGUUCUCUCUCACUAAAACCUGAGAAAAGAUGUACUCUAGGGUACAUUAUAGGGGAAAGGCCCCAUUCUAUAUUUACAUUUUGCGGUGAACAUAAAAAUUCAGAUUAUAGCGUUCAGGUGAUACGAAAAGAGUUUCCAGUCAUCUUAUAAGGGUGUAAGACGUUCGGCAUUUGUCUUUAUUCUUCCGUUUAUAGGGAAAAUAUGGGAGGCAACAGAGAGAUGUUGUUACAUGAAGGAGCUCAUGCUUUUCAAGAGUUUCUCACAAUGCAAUGUUAGCCUAACCUUUGAGCUGUACCAAUAUGUCCGUAAGUACUCUUAGACAUUAUGUACAUAUCGUAGUAUUGUCAUCAAAACAUCCGGUAGAGAGGUCAGUAAACUUAAGGAGCCUGUUCUUACUACGGUAGACUAGACGAGCCCAAUCGUGGUAGGGUGGCGGUGGUUGAAGUUGCAUUCAUCAGGCGGAGCAGAAGCGAUGGUCGGCGUGCUUGCGCCGUGAUGGCGAAGGCAGGUAACGCGGUGUUGGCGCGGGUUGAGCGUAGUAUUUUGCGUGCAGAGAUACUGUGAGGCGGUGGACGCGGCACUGGUGCUGCAGUGUUGCAGCGGCCAAGGUGAGUAGUGCCGCGCCGAGCUCGCUGCUGGUGGUGGUGCUACUGCAUGCGUCCGCUACCAGGUGUCUCGCACUCACAGUACGUACUCGCGCUCACAAUAUCCACAACUCUCCCACCACCUGCACCGAGCACUCGUGGCUCUCCUGGGAGGCCCUCUAUGCCUCCUGCAAGCAGACAGUGCUGUGCUUGUAUUGAUUGCUGAGUGGAGGUGACAAGAAGUGUGAGAGUGAGGAGGAGGCAGCACACAGGCAGGCUGCCAGCCAAGCAGAGUGUGAGUGGUAUCUGUGCCAGCACUACAGUGAGGCCGCGCUCCCCACCGCCGUCAGCCAGUCCCCCGCUGCCCACUAGUCCAGGGGGAUGCUUGCUGCAACGCUCUCGCUCCCGCGACAACCUCAGUGACAACUUGUGCUCUAGUGGGUCUCUAACGCAGUGUCUCACAUUCCUCUAGUUACUGAGUUUGUUCCGAAGGAUAUUGUGCAAAAGUGGUGUACAUUUGUGUCAGUUUUUUCAAUAGUUUAGUGAGCGAAAACUUUGUGUUGGGAAUACUCUCAUGCACCAUGAUUAUGUUACAGAAAGCUCAUGAUAGUAUGAUCACUUGAUCGAACAACUUACCUGUGAACUCCACCUGACAUUGUGUGGUUUAACCAUUACCCUGUCAAGAAUUAUCCAGUUUCUUCAAGUUUUGGUGUUGGUGGAGGGACGUCGGCCCUACAGAAGAGUGCUUGAUGCUUUCUGCUGCUAGUGAUCCAUUACCCAUUGGCAUUACAGGGGAGGAAGACGGAGAAAUGGUCCGGAAUGGAGAUGAGAAAAAUAGGAUGGAUGUGAGGCGGUAUGAGCUGCGGUGGACGCACCACCAGUCCACUGUGGUGGCAGAGGUGGGGUCGCUGUACAGAGAUGCCGCCUUGGUGGACGUCACUCUAGCCUGUGAGGACCAGCGCACUUACCAGGCUCACAAGCUGGUCCUCUCAGCAUGCUCACAAUACUUCCAGGGUCUCUUUUCGCGGCACUCCGCACACCAGCAUCCCAUAAUCUUCCUCAAGGAUGUGAGUGGAGAUGAGUGCGAGGCGCUGCUCACAUAUAUGUACCGCGGGGAGGUGUCUGUCAGCCAUGAUCAGAUACACCGCAUUCUCCGUGUGGCAAACUCUCUUCAGGUUCGGGGGUUGGCAGAUAUGGACCAAUCAUCAUCCCGGCCAUCUUCCCCAGCAGGGGACAGGACUGGUCAAUGUCCUUCAUCUUCCCCUUCCCCUAGCACCGGACCUCCCACCAAAUGUGCCACCCCUGUUAGUGAACCUCAGUCCCCUAAUCCUCCCCCAUUAGUAAACCCUCAAAUUUCUGUUGGAGCCUCCAGUCACCCAGCUCUAUCUCUUCCACAUGGAACCUCUGAUCCCUCCCCAGUAAGACACACUUCAGUAGCAGCAGGUGCACUAACUGCAGCAAUAGCAGGUACAAGACCCCAUCAAGGACCACCUCCCCACCCAAUACACCCGGAGUACCCCCAUCCAUACUCCUUGUUACCCCACCGCCCAUACGAUCUCCCAGGCGCAUCAGGACCCUCACUCUUGUCCGUCAGUGAGGCAGAAGUCAACAGAGACGAUCUUCCCAAAUGUCCACCAAGUGUUAUGGCAAGAUCACCUUACUCUUCUUUGCGUGUAAAGCCAGACUUGGGUGGAAACAACUGGGAUAGUACAGUGGAUGUAACAGGUGUGUCUCCACUGCCCCUAGGAGAUCCCUCACGGCCUGCAUACCCUCUUCCUACAGCCAUCUUUAGUAGUUUUCUUCAGCAUGAUCCUCACUCAGCUGGCUCACAACCACCAUAUGGGGCACUGCAGAGAAUGUUCCCAAUCAGUGACCCACUUCGUCGGUUGGACCGGCUCAGCACACCAGGGAAUGACACACGCAUCCAUAAAUGCCAGUAUUGUUCUCGCAAGUUCAAGAGGAAGGACCAUCUCAAGACUCACAUCAGGAUCCACACUGGGGAGCGGCCAUACAAGUGCAAGGUCUGCGGCCGGGGGUUUAUCCAGAGCCAGCAGGUUAAAAUCCACAUGAAAGUUCAUGUGCGAGAAGAUUCAUCAGGUGUAGGUGCUCCUUCAUCCCUUGGACCUGGUGGAGGUGGGGGUAGCGUCCUUCCAUCUCUCUACUCAGAUCUUGGAGGACCAUUUGGUGACCAGCCAGGAUUAGGUGCCCACCACAAUGACCCCAACACUGAUUUAGAUCAGUCUACAGACAACAAUCCUCCUGAUAAUGACUCAGAAAAUGAGUGCAGCUCAGAAAUUGCUGAAAUGGAUUACGAUGCUCGAAUACAACAAGACAGUGGCAAUGGGGGACCAGGUCGUACCCCACCAACACCCAACCCUUCAUCUGUGGGAGUACGUGAGCACAAGACCCCGUCCCCACAGUCUCCUCCUGGGACUGUGUCAAGGAGCCACCCUACCCCCCCAGAUGACCAGAGCUGCAGUGCCAUGUCUCUGAAGGAAUCAUAUCAUAUAGGUAGCAAUAUAAAAAAAUGAUGGCUAAUGUGCUGUGAUGAUAGAGGCUUUAAUUAAGUAACUGUUGAUUAUACUAAUUGUUUUGUUGCCAAUAUGCAUUUCCAUACCAUCAGAAAUUUUCUGGCUUCAGUGUUAAUUCCUUCAAAAGCAUAUCGAUGGCAGGAAUCAUACAACAGCCAUGGCUCAACUUGACACACAGCUUACCAUUUCAACCCUAAUGUUCAAUUUCAAUUUACUGCAAUAAUACUAUAGCUGGAAUGUUUGCCUAACGGACUUCAUAUAUCCCCCUAGCCAUUGUUAUGUAACAUACCAAGUGAAUAGUACCAGUGUGUGAUCAAACACGCAUGAUGGUCUGUGAUCUGUUUGUAGGAGGAUUUUUUUUCUACUUAAACUAGGUACUCAACCUGGCUCGUGCGUGCAAUAUGUAAUUACACUGGAACUCUGGGAAGUAUGGAGACUUUUAGAGGUUAAACUCAGCCCUUUGAGUUGUUUUACUUCUUGUUUAUUUCAUUUCUUAUAUUUACAUUCUUUAUAUCUUAUUUUCAUGGAAGGAUCUUUUUUCAGCAUUAAUUUAUAUAUCAAAACAUGCUCAUUAGAUCAGCAAAUUUCUCACAGAUUUUGUUUCCAUUUACUUUUACCCAUUACUUAUGCUUUCAGAAGACCAAACUCCCCUAGUUUAGAUAACAUACUCCUAUAUAUUCCAGUAAUCCAGACACCUUGUAACUAGAAUUGAUCUCUCUCUCUCUCUCUCUCUCUCUCUCUCUCUCUCUCUCUCUCUCUCUCUCUCUCUCUCUCUCUCUCUCUCUCUCUCUCUCUCUCUCUCUCUCUCUCUCUCUCUCUCUCUCUCUCUCUCUCUCUCUCUCUCUCUCUCUCUCUCUCUCUCUCUCUUUCUUCCUUUCUGAUAGCCUGUAGAAUAUAUUGGUUUUUGCUUUCACAUGGUGUGAUGUGUUAUUCACUGGUAUAUUGCCUCAUUGUUUUACAGUUAACCAUAUUAAGCUGUAAACUAUACUGCAACAUGACUAAGUAACCAAAUCCUUAUUUUAUAAAGUAUAACACUGAGCUAAAAAAAAAAAAAAAGUUUCUUCUCAGUAUUAAUAAUGAGCUGCAUACAAGAAAUGGCUCAAGUACUCACCAAAUCAUUUUAUUUUUCCAUCACAGCUUUGCAGUUAUUAACUAUUUAUGGAAUUUAUUUUUAACAUAGUUUAGAUGAAAGCCCUUACACACACACACACACACACACACACACACUCUGUUAUUUACAAAGGGAGUUUGGUUUAUCAGUGAGAUCUCAUCAUAGUAGGAGUAGAAAAAUGUGAACCCAGUGCCACCUUUUGUUGUUUUUUAAAAGGACUAGAGUAACAUAUCUUUAACCUCUUUUUGCCAAGCUAGGAAGUUUAACUUCACCAAAGGUAUAUAAAUAUUAAUCUUUUCCACUUUUUUUUUUUUUCAGUAGGAUAGAUGUGUUUCCUAUUCUUUCAUUCCCUACUCUGCUAGAAAUCCCAGUGAGGGGUGAGGCUUUGGUUUUGUUAAUCUUAUUUCAUUUUCUUUUCUUUUUUUUUAUUUAUUUAUUUUCAUUUAUUUAUUCAUUUUUUUUUAUUUUCCCUCCAACUGGUGCAUGACAAAGGGGAGCUUGUAGUCUGUCUUUUGAUGGGAAGACAGAGUUGGCGUGUUUUCAGUCUAAUUUCUUUUUAUAUUUAAUACAACUUGCAUCACAUGCAGUUAAAAACUGUAAUUUACUAUGAAACAUUGCAAAUCAAUUACAUAUCAUGUCUGGAUACAAGUUACAUAUCAUAUAUCAUAUCCAAAUUUAUACCUGAAGCAUAUCAUACACUCCUGUAUCAUUUUCUACGGUUUUUUGUGGUUGCCCUUCAUUUGAUGAAAAUAUCUCUAAAUGUAUACAUAUGAGACUUAAGCUAGCCAUUACUUGUAAUGAAUCUUUGACUAGAAUAAAAAUUUCUUUUGCUGUUUUGUAGGAACAUGUAUAUUUUUUUUCUUUUUUUUUCACAAACCAGUGUUUAUAUAAUGCAGCACACAGUAGAACUGAUUAAUAUUGAUAAACAGUAGAGAAGUUCCACUUAAGUACCUAAAACCUAUGGUGUGUUAACCAACAUUGCUUGAAGUACUCUGAUCAUGUAAUGUCAAAUGACCAGUAAUGAACUUUGGUUAAUUCAGUGAUGAAAUAUUUCACCAUUUCCAGAAAAGAAAUAUCUUCAUAUAUUAUCAACCCAAGUUCAUAACCCACAUUUGUGUUACAAUUUAUUGGCAAUACAGAAAAUGGCGCAUGGAUCCGGAAUGUGAUGAGCCUCACCCCUUGAGCUAUGUCUGCCAACUGUUCCAAGUUGCUGGUGAUUCAAGUUACAGGAUAUACCUUUGAUCACAUUCCUUUCCAAGGCUGUGGAUCUUGAAUAUGAUGAUUGUUAUUGUCUUUUUAUUCCAUCAUAUAUUCAUUCAUAUCAUUCUGUCAUCUCCUCUGAUACUUAUUUCCACUUUUCCUAGCUCUGUCUUAUUGUCAUUUCCAUUUCAUCAGAAACAACUCUUUGGGGUCCUCAGUAGUUUACUCAUUUUACAGUUUUUUCUUACAUGUAUCAUGUGUUAUAGAAUACUUUAAAAACAUACCAGUCAGGUUAACAUAAAUUCAUUCUCAUCGUGUGUGUUGAUUGGCCAUGUCCUACUACAAAUUGAUCCAGUGACAAUAAUGGCACUGUUGGCAGGCAGACUCCUGUUAAUGUUGAUAUUGGUCUGGGCUGUGAUUUAGUGUAUGCAAGCGCUGGAGAUGGUUAGCUAGGUCAAAGGUCAAACGACGUGACAAAGUUUGUCUGGUGGGCAGAAUGCUCGGAGGAGAUAGAACUGCUUCACUCACCAUGUAUACGAUUGGAACCCCCUCGGCAGGGACCAUAGGGCCUCCUCAUGAGGCUUCGAUAACAAUGACAAUGUUGUUUGGAAAAUACAUACAUACUAUAAUAGCUCAAUUUAAUAGUUGCAUGUGUGCAAUCAUAUAAUUCUUAUACCAUUUUCACUGUAAAAUAUUGUAUUCCAUUUUAUAUACAGGUGUUUUAUGAGUUUCAUAAGCUAAUGGUAAUCACCAUUGUCAUUAUUAUUAAAGUUAAAUAGAAGUCCUGUGUACAUUCAAGGCUGAUGGCACAAGCUGUGUAAAGUUUCACCUUUCUAACAUUUGUGGUUUUACAUAAUGUUGAUAUUUGCAUUGCUUAUAGUGUGAGCACAUGUUUGUGUUGAGGUAUUGUCCUGCUCAGGUGGAAGGGUCAUCUGUGGAAUGGUGCAGCAGUGAACCAGACUCUGCCUUGGGGGUCCCAAUAUCCGCCUUCUGGCUACAGGGUCAGGGGUAGUUUUACCUGUAUAAAUAUCAAGACAUUGUUAGCUUAUAUGCUGUUAAUGUUGACCUUGAUGUAAAACCUAUGUUAUUUGUACCAUUAUCUGUGUAAAUUAUUGUUAUGACAAGUAGGUGGCUGUACUAAGAUGUGAUAUGCCAUUGGCAUAAGGGCAAACCUUGCUCACAACUGUAGCUUCCAGCUGCACAAUAAGUAUGACUUAGAUGGCAAGAUUAGAUAAUGCACAAAGCAGUGUUAAGACUGAAGGUUGUUAGCCAAAGGUUAGGCAUGCAUGCCUAUUUUUAGGGAGCUUUGACCUCUUUAUACAGGGUUAUGUUCACCAGAGUUAGUUAAAACAAGACGGUUAUAUAUUGUAUAUAUGUGCAAAGCCCAUAUAUACAAGAAAUGUGUUAGUCUUGAUACAUGAUCAAUGACAUGUUUCAUAGUUUGCCACUGCUUUGACAGCAUCUGAUUUUAUAAACUCUAAUACACCACUUUCUCAAAUUGCAACUGUGGUAAUUGGUCUCCCUUAGUUCUUGACUAAAACUAAUUUUUGUAUAGGAGAUGAACAACGAAGGGUGAGCUUAUCGUGUAGCUGGCAGCUGUGCUCUUAGCUGUGGCGCUGAGACAGCUACAAUGUGUUCAGUUCUGCUUUCAACGAGUUGGUAUCCUAACCAGGCAGCACUGCCGGUUACUUCACAGCUGCCCACAUAAGACUAUACCCUGGUUGAUGCUUUAUACAGACAAAGCUUGAAAUAAAAAUUAAACAUUUUCCCAAAUGCAUAAUAACAAAUAGAUUUUCAUGCACUAGUGCAUUUGUGAAAUCUUUGUGCUUCCUUUUAGGUUAAGAAACAUUAAAUAUGUUCCCUUAAAAUCUAAGUUCAUCACCAGUGAUUACAAAACAGAGAUAUAUCAUGCAUUUUAUCGUUUUUUUUUUUUUUUUUUUUUUUUUUUUUUCCACUGUGGUGUGAAAAUCUAAUCUAUAUGGCUCUGGGAAAAAUGUAAUGCUUAAAUAAUCUGUACAUAACAAUACUUUCUGAAUAGACAAGACUAUCAGGUAUUCCUAUGUGGGCAGCCAGGGCUCAUUUUAAUAGUGUUUCCACAACAUAUCAGAUAUGAUCCCUCCUUUUUAAACUGCCAUCAUUUGUAGUUGUUACUCUAUGAUCCGUUUUCCUUGUAGACAAUAGACAGGUAGGAUGACCCACGGGCGGGCCGCUUGUCACCACAUUGCCAGGCAGAGCUGGUGGUUUGGGAAAUCAGGAACUUUACUGUACUUCUCCUAUCAUGUGAAUGUGCAGGAUGCCAAUGAAAUAAUUAAUGUCAUGGUUACAAAGAAGAUGGUGUAUCAGUUGUGAAUGUAUAAUGGAAUAAGAACAAAGUCAAGGGGCCAUUUCUUAAAAGAUCAGCUUCAAGAAAUCCCUAUAAGUUGCUUGCAGUAUUGUAUACCUUUUGCUAGGUAAUGUGGCAGUGGAUUGUCACAACCUAGAACAGAUGCAACAUUCUGCUACCAUACAUGCAAGCAACUGUUUUUAUGGGAGUGCAAAUAAUGGGAGUUAGUGGAUUGGCCUGUGAUGAUUGAACAAUUCACAUAUUAGUAUUUUUUCUAGUCAUUACAAUUUGGAUCAUUUAUUUAUAAUACAGAUUCAUUCCAAAAAUUGUAAUUGGGAAUAAUUUAUAUUGUAUAUGGUAUUACCAUGUAAAAUGACAAAUCUUCCAUUUGAAAACAUUAUGUGGCCAGGGGUCCCUCUGUUCACAGUGGCUGUCAGUGAAAAGUUUCCAACUGAAGAAAACAGCAUAUAUAUAUAUAUAUAUAUAUAUAUAUAUAUAUAUAUAUAUAUAUAUAUAUAUAUAUAUAUAUAUAUAUAUAUAUAUAUAUAGAUAGAUAGAUAGAUAGAUAGAUAGAUAGAUCGAUAGAUAUAGGUAUAGCUAACUACAGUUGCAGUUCUUUUGAAUGUUUUUUUCUUAAUAUUAUAAAUAUUUUUUCUUCAGUGUAGGCAGUUCUGAUAUACUUUCUUUCUUAGAUACAGAUCUUGAUGACUUUCAUUAACAUUUGUUUGGCCAUUGGCUUUAGUCCAAAAAGUUAAUGCAUCUUAUUAUUCUUGCUGCCAAUAACCACCACCACCACCACCACCACCACCACCAC